CUAAAUUUAGACAUAAUGAACUAUUCAUUAGCCUCUCUUUCUAUUUUCAGCAAAACCUAUUUUGGAGGUUUUAAAAAAUUAUGAAUGAAACAUAAAACGUCUUCCUAUUUAAAUUCUCCAUUGUUUUUCAUUUGUUCUUGUUAGUAAGAAUGGUGAUGGAUAGAGAAGAAAGGAGAAGAAGAAUAAUGGAAAGAGGAUCAGAUCGUCUAGCUUUAAUCACAGGCCAAUUACAUAAUCUUGAUCCUUCAUCACCGUCGUCUUCUUCCUCAUCAUCGGCUUCUCACAACCGCACAUACAGCGAAUCUUUCAUGCCACAGACUAAAUCUGAUCAUCAUCAAAUUCUAGAAAGCCCAUCUCUUAAGUAUCAAUUCAAAGAGGAAGUAAAGGCAAGAUCAGAAGAACCAAAACUCUCGACUGUUCUUCACAAACCCUUGAAAAUUGAACCAACAAAACAAGAAGAAGCAACAAGAUCACAAAAGAGUCAAAAUCAACGACCUAUAUGUUUCUUCAGCUCCAAGAAACUCAAUGCUAGCAUCAUUAGCUCAGAAAGAACUCGGAGUUUAAGCUCUCUCACAAUAGCCGCAUUUGUGGUUUUACUCCCGAGAUUGAACAUUACAAGCUCAAACACUAUCUUAGCUUUGAGACCUCUUUGGUUGCUUAUUCUUACAGAUUGUGCCAUAGUAAUGUCUCAUCUCACUACGGAAGCUUCUGGAGGAGGAUUGAGCCAUGAGAUGGAAGAAGAUGGAAAGGGAAGAGAUGGUAAUAAUGGAGAAAACUGGUCUGAUGCAGAGAGGCUUCUAGAAAGAGGAGUUGUUGUGUAUCAAGCUCUUCGUGGAAUGUUCAUAGAUUGUAGUCUUUAUAUGGUUGUUGUUGUUAUUUUUGGAGCCUCUCUUUUUUAAGUUUGUUUGUUUUCUGAUUGUUAUUAUCUAAUUACGAUUUUGUUUGCCUUGAUGCUCUUUCGUUACAGAAAUUUUUUAUUUGAACUAGUAAAUUUUUAU